ACCGCACUGCGCAGGCGCCUCAGGGCUCUUGCUUGGGCCAUGGCGUCUCGAGAUCUUAUCGGGCCGGUUCUGCCUCCGCAUUUAGCCGCCGCCGCCGCCGCCGCCGCCAUUGACUCCGGGCCGGUUGCAGGACCAGCAUUGCCUCCUGGCUAUAAGGAAAACUCUGAAAACUGUGAUUAUGAGCAGAAAUGUGCUGCUGCUCGAGUGUCCAGAGAAACAGAUUGGGAUUCUGAAGAGGAUGAAGAUUCAAGUCCAGUUCCCAGGAAACAGAGAAGAUGUCAGGAAGGAGACAACGAUGGUUUUUUUGGGCCUGCUCUUCCUCCUGGCUUUAAAAAGCAAGAUGAAUCACCGGAAAGACCUGUCAUAGGUCCUGCCUUACCACCAGGCUUUAGGAAACCAUCAGACGAUGCUGAAGAAAACCGAGGCUACAUAAACCAGAUGAGCAAUAGUAGUGAAGAAGAGGAAACCAUAAUUGGUCCCAUGCCAGCCAGGGGGUCAGUGAAAUCGAACCCAGGGGCUGAGAUUGAAGACCGGGCUCGGAGGAUGAAAGAGAGGCUCCUGGGACACGUUGAUGAUGGGGCCAAACAAGCUAAAAGAGAGUCUUGGAUGAUAGAUCUUCCACCGGAACUCAAAAACUUUGGACUUGGUCCACGAACAUUCAAAAGAAGACCCGAUGAUAAAUCUGGAGACAGAUCAGUUUGGACGGAUACUCCAGCUGACAGAGAAAAGAAAGCUAAUGAACAGCAGGAGACAAGAAGGUCCAUCUCUAAGGACAAGGCAGAAUCCUUCCUCUCAGAGAGAGACAAAAGGCUGGCUGAACAGUUGUCCUCGUACAACGACUCUCAGAGAUCCGAAUCUUUAAUGGACAUACAUCGGAAGAAGCUAAAGAGCAAAACUGCUGGAGAAAAGAAUAAACCGCAGGACAGAAGGCCCUUUGACCGAGACCAGGAUCUUCAAGUUCAUCAGUUUGAUGAAGCCCGGAAGAAAGCAAUUAUAAAACAGUCUAGAGACUUGAACACUAGGUUUUCCCAUGGCAAGUGCAAUACAUUUUUGUAAUGAAUUCAUGCAGAAAUAGCAAGAGUGCUAAACAAAGCAUUACAUACAGCACACACAGGAAUAAUGUUCCUUCAACUUGGAGAUCUGCAUCCUCCUGUCAGAUCUGCUCAUCCUAUGGCCAGAGGUCUGUACAGACCUUACAACCCCAUUGUGCCAAUGGCUGAACUUUGGUGCAUGAUUCCAGCUGUUGGGGUGGGGAGGAAUUGAACAGUGGGAUGAGGAGUUUGUCUCCCAGAGGACUUCUGCUACCCUUCACACACACACACACACACACACACACACACAAAACCAGAGGUAAAAAUAAUAAUUGCUAUGCCUCUUCUGAUGAUAUUCGUUGAAUGGCUUCCUUCCCCAAGAACAUCAAGGCUGAGUUGUGACCCUUAGAGCAGUGCGACUCAACCUUGGCAACUUUAAGAUGUGUGGACUUCAACUCCCAGAAUUCAACUCCUAGCAUUAGCUGGCUGGGGAAUUGGGAGUUGAAGUCCACACAGAAAGUUGCCACAGUUGAAAACACCGGCUUAGACGUUGUCCACCCUUCCCUGGGGAGAUUUCCUUCACAUUUAAGAAAAUGAAUAGGCCCCUUUGAAAUGAGUACAUUUCAGUUUUAAAUAUCCCAUAGGCAUACUUAUAAGCAGGUUUUAUAAAAAUACAUUUCUUCAGCGUCAGAAUGUGUGUGUAAAUCAGAAUUGAGUUGAUAAUGAGAAGGGGAAAAUCAGAUGGAUGCUGCAGAUAACUUGGGAUCUGAUCAUAAUUAUCACUGCAGGAAAGAUUAUUAACUUUGCCUGUACAUUUGAUUUGACAUGUUGACGAAUAAAGCAUAACCAUCCCUCUAUGUUAAAAUUUCCCAGACUUUUUUCCCCCGUUAUCUUUUUUUUUUUCUUUUCUGUCGUUCAUAAGUUCAGGGACAGGAGCCAUUGAUAAACUGAUUUGGAAUUCAUGAAAAAGGUUUUUGUUCCUAAGAGUUUCCCUUGGGUUCCUUCGAAAUCUCUGGUGGAGUAUAUUUAUUAAUUAAUAUAGUUCUAUCUUAAAUAAAAGCACUUCUUAUUGCAAAGCAUCUUAAAGCAGUUUAGAAUAAAAACAGCACUAGGAUCCAUAAUAAACAAUACAUUAAAUAAAAUAAAAUAAAACAUUAAACCCAAAACAUAUUCAUUAAAAAGGGGAAGGGAGGGGGGACAUUCUUCCAACAUUCAUACAAGAAUGGCCUGGAUGAAACGAUUAUAAGGAAUGAAGCUGGCAAAAGAGGAGCCACCUGCUUUGAUGACAGUGGCCAAAUAUCCAUUGACCAGGAAAGGUGGAAGGAAGAUACUUAGAAUUUAAUCCCUGGAGCAGAGUCCUAUAUUGCCUAUGAUCUCUGUAUGUUGUCCUAUCCUGGACAAAUCUGUGUAUAUAUAGCUUUGUUCAUGUCUACAAUAAAGAAAUCAAUCUUG